AUGUCCAGUGCCGUCGCUCAGAGCGACCUGUCCGUCCUUCGGCCGCGCGCCGUUCCCCUCCAGUCCGACCCCCAGUCUGGCAUGAGUCUCACGCCGCCCGCGACGGACAAAUCGCCCUUAGACACGAGAUGCUCCCCCUCCGCGCAUUCGAUCUCAGUGGCCCGCAAGCAGGUGCGGGCACGGAAUCGCCUCUUCUAUACCAUCGACUAUAUUCCUCGAGUGUCCCAUUUCGAUCCCGACAGCGACUACCAUGAUUUCCGCGGAUUCUUCACUCUGUUUUGGAUCAGCUUGGUGAUUAUGGUGGUCACGACCGUGCUGCGCAAUAUCAAGGAUACUGGAUACCCGUUGCGGGUGCGGGUUUGGAGCUUGUUGUCGGCCAAUGUGUGGGAGCUGGGUCUGACUGAUUUGGCCAUGGUGGUCAGCUCAGCGCUGGUCCUGUCGAUGCAUCGGCUCUACCGGAGCGGGCCGCGGUGGCUGCGAUGGGCACGUGGAGGUGUGGUAUUCCAAAGUGUUGGAGAGGCGCUGUGGCUGGCAGUAUGGAUCAACUGGCCCUUCAUGCGCCUAUGGACCUGGACUGCCCAAGUGUUCUUCACCCUCCACGUCUUGACGAUCCUGAUGAAGCUGCACUCUUAUGCCUUCUACAAUGGUCAUCUCAGUGAGACUGAGCGUCGCCUCGCUUCUCUUGAUAAUCCGGGUCCCAUUGAGCCUAGCUCCCCUGCCGCAGUUCGGUACCCAGAGCCAUACCGACGCCGGCCGUCUAUGAAGCCCCAGCACGAUGAAGACGAUUCUACCGAACCACUGGCCCGUCUGCGUGAAGAUCUGGCUACAGAGUUGACAUCACCGCUGGGCAACAUUUCAUAUCCGCAGAACCUGAGCCUUGGAAACUAUACAGACUUCCUCUUUUGCCCGACGCUGUGCUACGAGCUGGAGUACCCGCGCCGACAAGAUCGCCGCUGGGACGAGAUUGCAUGGAAGACCCUGGCCGUCUUUGGAUGUAUCUUCUUGCUAACUCUGACGAGCGAAGAGUUUAUCGUGCCUGUCCUGAGCGAGGCACACGGCCAGUUGGAAGCAUUAGAUACCAUGACCGACAAGGCGCUCGUCUUGGCUGAGACCAUUAGCAUGCUCCUAUUCCCCUUCAUGGUAACCUUCCUGCUGGUGUUCCUGGUGAUCUUCGAGUAUGUGCUGGGCGCGUUCGCGGAGCUCACCCGAUUUGCGGACCGGCACUUCUACUCUGACUGGUGGAACUCGUGUGACUGGCUUGAAUUCUCCCGAGAGUGGAACGUCCCCGUUCACCACUUCCUGUUCCGCCAUGUCUACUUCCCGUCCCGCACCUACUUCUCCCAGCCCGUCGCCAUGUUUAUCACAUUCCUGGUUAGCUCUAUCUUCCAUGAGCUUGUCAUGAGCUGCAUCACCAAGAAACUGCGCGGCUACGGCUUCGGAGCUAUGAUGCUCCAGCUGCCCAUCGUCGCGGUCCAGAAGUCCCGGUUCUUCAGGGGGCGGACAACCCUCAACAACAUCUUCUUUUGGUUCUCGAUGAUCCUGGGUCUCUCGAUGAUGUGUGUGUUUUACGUCUUGGUUUGA